AUGCCCACGAACCCAACGCAACGACCUUUACGACCCCCACCCCAUCAACCCUGGUAUCCACCCUACCAUCGCGCAUCUCAGGAACGGAAAAUGAAUCUUUUACGUUGGGCUUUCUUUACCUUUUUCGCACUUCUGGUUCUUUAUCCUUCAGCGAUGGUCAUUGGGUCCUUGAAUUCGGGUCAUGAUGCUUCUAUCGUUGAAGGGUAUAGGGCGCAGAAAGAAAGAGUCGAUGACCUGGGAAUUAGUGGUAAAGGGAAGGGCGUUGAGAUGUUGAUGCCAGGUGGUGGAGCUGCUUUGAAGGGACUUGUGGGGCAGGGGAGGGGGGUUAUUGCGAGAUUGUUCAACUCUCGAGACGUCAAUCGAUUGUCAGAGAGAGCUGGAACCCCGCCGGGUAGUGAUAGCUGGGCAGCUUUUGAAGAGCACCUUGACGCUUUCAUCGUUAACCUGCAACCCAUCGCAAAACUGUAUGAGCAGGGACUAUGGGGAGUUGGAAAGAAAGAGUGGGAUGAAACAGUUGAAACUAUGCUCCACAAAGCCCCCGAGGAAAUGCGGCGUCUUUGUCCGGAUUGUACCGAGAAGUACGUGAAAGAUGAGGCUAACAGGAUUGAAACUAAACUUCAAAAGCUGAAGAGUCUCGUUCCCUCGCCACAUAAUGGUCGAUCGUCGAAGCGAGAAGUUUCCAAAGACCUGUGGGCAGACUUCGAACAGCAAAUAGAAACACUGGGCAAAAUAAUGGAUGCUUAUGCAAAGAGUCUCGCUCUAUUGUACCCAUCAAAUCUGGCUUGGAAGCUUUUUGCAAAAGAAGCUGAUGCGCUCAUAUCGACAAACGGUAUGCAAUUUCGAAAUAAAUGCGCUGCUGCUAAGGGGUGUACGGUGGAAGACGGAGAAACGAUGGCCAAAAAAAUGAUAGACCGGAUCAACAAGUCUAAAAGAUUCAUGCCCUCUCUUCAAGCCUCUACGUCUCGGAAAAGAGAAAAUGAUCCCAUCGGUCAGAUUGUUCUUGAUUAUCUCGAUGGGAUUGCAAUCGGCCCUUCCCUACAGCUUACUGCAACUGAUGAUUGGAUUGAACCACUCGGGCAGGACACUGACAAAUUUGCACAACGUCUCGCCAAGUUACGAUCAGACGACGACACAAGAAAAAUAUUCAAUUCAACUGUCGAAACUUGGCUCGCGACGUCGGAGAGUUAUGCACUGGUUUUGUGUCCCCUGCUUGAUAAGGCAUGCAAUGUAAAAGUGCUCGAGGCAGAAGUUCUGAAAUUGAGAAACCGUCUCAGGCAGUCUGCUAGCUUUUUGAGUUCUCGAGACGUCUCUUCGCUAACGAAACGAACUCUUCCAACGGAAGUAUGGGCUGGAAUCGAGCAGGUCGUUGAUCUUUUUGGGAAAGAAAUGGAUGCCCUUGCACAAACACUCGCAGCGUCAGGAGUGAAUGAAUCUACGAGGAAAAGCUUCAAUGCAGAAGUAGAAGUUUGGCUGCUCAGGGCCGAAGAGAUGGUGAGCUGUGACCGAUUACCUGCAAUCGCCACUCCAAAAUGGCUAAAUUGCACCGAGCAAGAUAUCGCAACUUUUAAUCAAAAGAUAAGGGAUCGGGCUCGAAAGUCUGCCAGUAUCCUAGAGUCUCGAGAGAUCUCACCGCUAAUCAAAAGAACCCUUCCGCCAGAGAACUGGGCAUUCGCCGACCAGAACAUUGAUCAAUUUGGCAAAGUCACCGACAAGCUUGCACAAAGACUUGCAACUCUAGGAUUCCCCACGAGAAAUGCUUUCGAUACAACCGUUGAGGAGUGGAUACGUGAGAUAGAUGUAGGCUCUCGUGAACAAUGUCGUGAGGUCAAGGGAUGCAACGAAGACGAUCUAGCGACGAUACAACAAAAGCUGAGAGACCGAGCCCGAAAAUCUGCUAGCGUUCUGAGCUCUCGAGAAACCUCGCAGUCGAGAAGGAGACAUCUUUCGCCUGAGCAGAAGGCAGCAAACGACCGACAAAUCGAAGAAAUACGUACCGACAUAGAGAAACAAGCGAAACUUGCUCAAAAAGAAGGAACCACGGUAAAGUUUUACGAAUUCACGACAAAAGCUGCACAUGAAUACGAAAUAAAUGUCAUGUCGAAGUGUGUCAAAACAGAAGGGUGUACUUGGGAUGACGUGAAAGAGGAAAUCCAAAAGCUGAACAAUCUCUAUAAAACUUUCCUCGGACUUGAAAAUUUUCAUGAAGGCAAUGCUGGAGAGGACCUUUUUAAGAGAGCGAUAGAACUUUUGUACGGCUCAACAACAGGAGGUCACCUUGUCGACAUCCCAUCCACAGAAAAACAGAUCAUGAAUCAUGAACUCGCUGAGAAGAGAUCGGACGGAAUUCUUCUUCCAUUUUUUCACUCGAAGGAAAUUCAAGAUCUUGCAGAAAGUUCAUCUCAAUCAGAAAAGAGAGAUGAUGAUUUCACCAUGCCGGAUUUACAAGAAACGUUUGAGACGAAUGGGGACAUGGAUCCAGACAUGAACCAGCCAGCCAACAAGACCAAAGUCGCAGUAGACUGUAGUUCGAAUGAUCCCACAAUCAAGGCUUGCCGCAAACCAAAGGAGUCAGAUCUUGUUAUCUUCGCAAAAUGGGGUCCUUGGUGUAUUUUGUUUUCGAUAAUCUCGGUACUCUUGUUGUUACUCAUUCUCAAAUGCUGCGCCGCUUGUUACCAUCCUCGUCACUUGAUUCCCGAUGAAACCGAUGAGCCGUUAACGCCUACCAAAGCGACAUCACAACCUCUACUAGGGGCAACGACAAGACCCCAUGAUGAAGAGGCGCAGAUGACUCAGAUUCCUCCUACUCCUAUGGGUAUGGAUGGGGCAAGUGAUCAAGAAGGCUGGGCGAGAAAGUGGAUUUCCAGUAAGCGUGGUAGUGAGGUAUGUAUCGUACCAUUCAUUGUCGUUUUUCAUGUUGGCGAAUGAAAGGAAUACUGAUUGAUACAGUUGAAGGUUAAUAAACGUGCAACUGCUUCCAUUCCCCUGAUGGAAUCAAAACGCUCGGUACGAGCACCCCGCAUCCCGUCGCUGCAACUCCCCAAGGCUAUCUUUCAUACGGUGCGUGCUGCGAGUGGGUUGGGAACUUUGACGGAGGGUGAGAUGAGGCAGAAGAGGGGGAAGUGGGGGAGUACUUUGUGA